AUGGCUCUGUGGAACCCAGCUACAAGAGAGUUCAGACCUCUUCCACCAGAUCUUCUCAAGUUCACCCAAUCUUGUCCUGGUUGUUUUGAAAACAUAUUUGGCUUUGGCUUUGAUCCAAUAGGUCACGAUUACAAGGUGGUUUGCAUUUGGUUUCUUUAUGAUGAAGAUGGGUCUAAUCCUCGUGUGUGGUUUGCUGCCGUUUAUUCAUUAGUCAAUGACUGUUGGAGAAAGAUAACUUGCAACUUUGAUGCUGAUCCAUUAAUGUAUAACUCAAUAAUGUGCUCGACCUGUGUGAAUGGAUUUUAUUAUUGGUGUGCAAGCAAAAUUGUUAAAGUCAGCCACAAUACCUUUAAACGAGUCCUAAUACGAUUUUUUGACAUGCACAAUGAAGUGUUUGAUGAGAUGCCAUGGCCUAGCCAUAUAUCAAGACUUGAUAGUUGUGAUCUCACUAUCUAUAAGGAGUCCAUUUGCCUACUAGUACGUCUUCUCGAUGAUCAUAACAUAAAUUCUACAUAUCCUGCAAUUGAUAUAUGGGUGUUGAACGACGAAAGAUUGUGGAUUAAAGUUCUCAACGUGGUGCCUACAAGGACUGAAGUUCUUAAUGUGGUGCCUACACUAUCUGAGUGUGAGCCUAUAGGGUUUUGGGGUCAUGAUAAGUUUCUAUUUUCACGUCAUGAAAAUAUAAUGCUAUAUGACUCUAAAACUCAUGAAUUUACACAUUUACUUGAUAAAAAUGAUGAGCGGUGUGAUAGUUCAGCUUUUAAUUACAGAGAGAGUCUAGUCUCCAUCAAAGGCAAAAGUGUUUGUCAUAGGCAAGGCAAUAUCUUGGAUCUCAUUCAAGAAUUUUUUGAAGAUAGCGAAGAUGAAGAACUUUGA